CUGGCGGUACACUCUUCUUCAUCACCCGGACGCCCGGAACGGCCGCACACGGCACACGCAUUGCUUGCUUGUCGUGCUGAGCCGCUCCACUCCUCUUCCCCCCGCUGCUCGCCUCUCGAUUCCUUCCGCCUCAUCGCGUCCGGCGAACCCCAUGUCCACUGCGACCGCGGCCCUCGCCGCCGCGCGAUCCCCCGCUGUCGCGCUUCUCAGCCUGCGCCGCCGCGCCCACGCGGCUGCUCCCAUUCGCUUCCCCGGUCUCCGCGUCGGCUCCGGUUGCCGUCACGUAGCUAUGGCUUCCGCGGCGCAUGCCCGCGCCCCCACCGACCCGCUUCCCAAGGGUGCUGAUUCAUUUUUCCGGGCAGUGAUCUCGAACAUGGAAAAGGUUUAUUUGAGCAGGAAUCCUACAGCCAAAACCAUUCUAGAGCUUGUACGAUCUUAUGAUGGUGAUCACAUUUGUUAUGACCACCUUGCUUUCCGGACAUUUGGGGUCAAUGGUUAUGGUAUAAACUCACUUUCUGAAUUUUUCACUGAUUUUGGUUAUGUACCUCGCGAAGAACUCAGAUUUCCAGCUAAAAAGCUUAGAGCACUAUGGUUUUCCCCGCCCACCAAUGGUGGCUACUCUGGAACUGGUACAUAUGGACCUUUGCCAAGGAUAUUCAUUUCAGAACUGCUUGUGGAUGAGUUGACUACUCAAAGCCAGGAAAUUAUACAUAAGUACAUUAAAACUUCUGGCAAUGGAAAUAAUCAUGCUGCUCUUGCAAGUACUUCUGGGGAGCUGACAUGGGAAAAGCCCAUCUAUUCAGAUUUCCAGAUUUUGUCUAGUGAAAGUGAAUAUGCUGCAUGGACUCUUGUUAAUGGCUAUGCACUAAAUCAUGCCACAAUUGCCACCCAUCGCCUAGAAUCAGAUAUCAGAAAUAUUAAUAAGUUCAACAAAUUUGUGGAGGACAAUGGCUUCAAGUUAAAUUCAGAAGGAGGGAUUCUGAAAGUGAGUCCUGAUGGUCUCCUUCAGCAAAGUUCAACAGUAGCUGAUUCAUCAUUGUUUACAUUUGCUGAUGGAAUAACUGAAUCUAUUCCUCGAUCUUACAUUGAAUUUGCUGAACGUCUCCUGCUACCACAGUUCAAAGAUUUGCAAGAUGAAGAGGUGAAAGAAUACCACAGGCGUGAUGGUUUUGAGGUGGGCAAUGCGGACAAGAUAUUCGAAAGUACAUCGAGGGAUCAGCUGACAAGGACAUCUGCAUAAACAGUGAACUCUAGAUCUAUUGUGCAAAUGACCCAAUGUGCCUCUUGGAAGUGUGUUGGAGGCAUGUAUUGUGAAAUGAUUGUACCUACUUGAGUGAAAUAAAACAUGAGAAUCAAUAAAAAGUAACUGUUUUUUAUUCUA